AUGCGGCAGCGGCAGUGGCUGGAAUUGAUAAAAGAUUAUGAUCUUACUAUCCUGUACCACCCCGGUAAAGCCAACGUGGUGGCCGAUGCGCUGAGUAGAAAAUCUGUUGAGAACUUGGCGACGGCAAUUACUAGUCAACCGGCAUUGCAUAAGGGUAUGCAACGGUUUGGGUUGGAGGUGGUGGCGCCGGAAGUUCCGACUAUCAUGGCGGCACUAGUAGUUCGACCGACCUUAUUGGAGCAAAUCAAGGAGUGGCAAGUUGCUAAUCCGUAUCUCCAAAAGGUGCGGAAUGAUGUUAGCGAUGGGCGCGCCGGUGAUUUCGGCGUGGGGGUUGACGGUGCACUUCGGUUCAGAAACCGAGCGUGCGUACCCAAGGACAAUGGGAUUCGUAAGAUGGUGUUGCAAGAGGCGCAUCAUUCCCCGUAUAGUAUUCACUCGGGCGGCACUAAGAUGUACAAGGACUUAAAGUUGCAUUAUUGGUGCGGGGUAUAA